CCUUAGCUUACCCACUUCUUUAACUUUUGAUCCCACUUCUUCAAUUUCUAGCCCUGCUUCUUCAGAGGUUCUUGAUCCUGUUUCUUUAGAAAUUCCCGAUUUUAUUUCUCCAAUUCCUGAUCUUUCAGAUGAAAAUAUUCAUGAAACACCCAUUCAUGAUUAUCUAGAGGAACUUGAAGAUAGUACCCGUGUUUGUGAAGUAUGUCCUAACAUUCUUGGCAUUAAGGAGCCCGGUAAAUGGAGUCCAGGUACAUCUUUAUCGACAAUAUCACGCCAUUUCGAAAGUAAGUAUCCAAGCCUCUAUAGAGAUUUCAAACAAAAAAAUGCAAAAGUUACCCAUUCUUCAUAUUCAACGACUGAUAAA